AUGUCUUCAAUAACUCUUCCUUCAAAUGGUGUCAAAAAAAGCAUAAGUCAUAACAAUGUAUAUUUCAAUUCGUUUGUUAAUGAAAUCGCAGAGAACGAAAAUAUUACAUUGCAAAGAAUUGACGACGCUUGGCAAGCUCGGGAUGUGGAAAAAAUGUUUCAGCUCAUAGAGGUAAGCCCGUAUUUAAACAUCCUUUGAGUUUUUUGAAUUGUUUAAUAGCAAGAGAAGAAAAGUUAUCAAAAGUUUCUUGUGAGCUCUUAUUUCUUCUGUUUCAUUAUUUCCUCAUUGUUAAUUCAAUUUUCUCAUCAGGAGAAUAUUUUCCCCAGUGAGAAGAUUCAGAAAAAAGUCCUUGAUUAUUGGGACAAAGCACACUAUUAUCAAGCGGCGAAGAAGAGCCGAAAGCCGCUUACUGCUUUAGCUAGAUUUAGAAUCCGGGAGCGGUAAGUCUGAAAAACUGAGCUCUAAAACAGUGAAAACUCUGUUAUAUCUUGGUAUGAAUCGCCUUCAAUGUGUAACAAUGGGGUCAUGUUUUCAAAAUGCAAAACGUUGACUUAGUUUUAUGUCGAUAAAUGUUUCAGCGAGCCGGUUGGGCAACAAGGCGCUCGCUCUGGAACAUACAUUUCAUUAACAACUGAAAAAACCUUUCGAUGAUUCCUUGUCCUUUUCGUUUCACAUUCGAAAAAAUCCAGAUGUAUUUCAUUUAUUACAAUGUUUUUAUUUUGCAAACAACAACAGCGACAACUAGCUGCAUCGUAUUGAGCAACAAUUAAUCGAUUUAAAGUGAGCAUGCAAACUUUUACACGGCAUGGCGCCAAAAUUCAGUGUGCCGAUGUUACCAUAUUCUCAUUCAUGAAUGCUUUUCAAUAGUAUUACUUUGCAAGACCACGUAAAGGAAAGAGGCAACAAACGUCUUUUAUCUAUCAUUUAAACAGUGUGGCGAACAAGUUGGGAAAAUUUAUAUUUCCGUAAAAACAUGGGAUUUAACGAAAAGCAAAUUCAGUAUAGAACGAAGUCAUCUUUGUAACAUGUAUUUUAAAUUUCCUUUUUUUUUUUUCUCAUCCUCAGAAAUAUACCACCAAAAUCGAUUGCUCCCUCGGGCAGACAGAAGACGACUCUACCUAAAGAGGCUACUUCGAUUUUGCGUGAAUGGCUCGACGUUAACAGUCACAGACCUUAUCCUACAAAAGAAGAAAAGGAAAGUUUGGCCAAAAUGACAAAGCUAACUGUAUUACAGGUAUGUUUUGACAUUUUACGUGGACAGCUGAGAAAAGCUAAAAAUUUCCAAAAACGCGAAAAGUAAAAUACUUCAAAGGAAGUCAUGUUGUUAAUGAUAACUCAUCAAUGUUCUAGCUGCCGAUUUACUGAAUUUCCAUGUAACUUUUAUACUAACUGAACUGAAAGUCUCACCCCAGAAGCGUUUUAUCCAAUGUCGUGCGCUCUUUCAUGGUCUUUCAUACUGUCCCUCGCCGUAGUUUAAAAAGAGGCUUAAAGUUUUUUCAUGGAAAUGUGUUCCGUUUUCUUGCCCAUCCUUCUCUGUUAUUAUCUAUUUGUAUGACGAAACUUAAUGAUUUCAUUUUGCGAAAUAAAUCGGCAGAACUUUCCACAACUGAUUGAUAUCAUUUUUGUGAUGUGCCUGGCGCUGACCUCCGUACGAUCCAGCGCAGGAGGUGGAGGGAGAAGGGAACUCUAGGAAAAUUGGGUUGGGGGUUGACUGUGUGCUUGGAUAUCAAACGUUUUCAAAUCAGUCAAGGCAUACUUACUGAGAUAAACAAAAAAAAGUGAAAAAAAUUCGCAUCCUAAUAUCCAGACCAAAUUCCACACCAAAACAAAAAUCGAAAAACUAUGACAUCUAUGACAGAAUUCAGACCCAAAACGGCUGGGAACACUUACCCUUUGCGUUGUGCAAACGCAUAUGGCUCAAAAUAAAUGUAUAAUCGGGGUGACAGAGGGUCCAAACCUUCCGCCUUCCCUCCUUUUUUUCUUGGCUUCUUUCCUUUGGUUCUUUCUUCGACUGCAAAAUAUUAAGCAAUGUGUUGUAAUUUUCCCUAUUUACGUCCCGAUCUUUCCUAUUCCGCCUCCAGUAACGUCCUUCUCCUUUUCUUCCAGAUUCCCAUCCUUUGUCCUCCCCCACUCAGGCAAGGAGGACUCCCCACCCCCUGCCCCCGCAGGUUUACGUUCCCUCCAGUCUUGCCUGACGACCUGCUGUCUAGUCUGACUGUAAAGCAAAGUGUUAGCAUUUUCCAUGACUUUUGAAAUAUGGCAGCGUGUCUUUCUUUGUGAAAAAUGGAUUCUGCGUUUCUAAAGAACCUGGCUUCUUAUGAUCAAAUCUAAAUCCGGAAUUAAGAGAGAACGUAAUGAAAGCACACAUGGCAGUUUUCCUGUGUUACCUGCCACAUCUCGCCAGCUCACGUCAGUAUUGCUGAAGCACUAAACAAUCCACCCUUGGAAUUUUCUUUGCUUUCGUGUCAAUCCAAAUUGAAAUAGUGUUUUUUUUUGCUUAGAAGUGAAUGACGUUUGAGAAACGAUGUUUGUCUGCCGGAGUUAGUAGUUUAGUCAGUUCUUUGAAACAUUGUCCUACAGAACUGCACAGUUUCCUUGCAAUUGUUUUGUUUGACAACAGGUGAAUACUUGGUACGCUAACACUCGACGGAGAAUGCGGGCAAAGCGUACCAAGAACCAAGUACCAAAAGAAGAUGAUGCAAAAAAUAAACGGUUUUGGACUAGGGCAAGGUAAGUACAACCUCAGUGUACACACUGCUUACCGUGUGGCACGAAAUUUUUGCGGGUUCUAAUUUUUUGCGGUUUUUCCAGCGAUCCGGAAACAAAAAUCACCGCAAACAUUUUUCCUGCAAAAAUUUACUCCAUAGUAAGUAUUCACUAACUUAACUUGAAUUCGCUGCUCAAAAAUACAGUACUAAGAAAUCGUUUCCGUUCAAUCACAACUUGUCUCUUUCAUUCAGAAACAACGCAGUACUGGUUUAUUGUUUGAAAAUAUGUAUUUCUAUUGCACGUACUCACAAAAAAACGAAAAUAUUAUCAAUGUUGGGUACUGGGUACUUUCUGAAAAUCGCAAAAAUUAAUUCCCAGCUAGAAAAACCAAUCUGUCCUAAAUGGAAUGAUUAGUUUCCACAAAACACAAAAAAUCGCCAAUCGGCAAAAAUUUCGUGCCACACGGUAUAUCUAUAUCUAAGUUGCGCUCGAUAAAGGUUGUAUUUCACGAGCGAUGGAGUCAGAGUUGGAGUAAAAUCAGAAGUAUAGUGUUAUUAUGUCAUGAAAACAGCGUUAGAUUCCACUUAUGACCCAGGGUUCACACAGUCUUGAAAUUGAGUCCUUGACAAUCUUAUGUGGUCCUUGAAAAGUGCUGAAAUUUGAAUUUUUUCUUGAAAAGUGCUUUUAUUUCUUGCUAGUCCUUGAAACAUCCUUGAGUUUUGUUCAACUUGGAAUUUAGUUUCCUGGAAAGUGUUUAUUAGUUGUCGAAGAAAGAAUAUAUAUCUUAGCCUAGAUAAUUUAAAGGUGAGUUACACUGAUAACCCGUGUUGCGUUUUAUGCAGGGACUAACUAACAAUAAGAAAAGUGAACUGAAAAUGUAGAAAAAGCAGUGGAGCAAACAGUCCAAGCCUUAAAGUACUGUUAGCUUGGACUGGGACUUAUAUUCUUAAUAGAUGAUCCGGCUUCAAAAUCGAAUCAGGUUCUUGACAAGAAUAAUAAGGAACUGAUGAUAUACGUAAGAAAAAAAAUUAUUGCUGCGUACGUGCUUGCCGUAGAACUUUUCACGCGCGAUUCGAAAGAUUCAAGUUGCAGGCUUGCAACUGACCUGAGAUCAGGCCCAAUUUUAGCAGUUCUCAUAAAUUAUCUCUUAAGUGAUCGCGCUAAACUUCCGCCUUGCCCGCAGGAAUUUAAUUUACAAAGCAAAACGAAAAUAGAGCCUGAUCUCAGGUUAGCUUACAACAGUCUUCCACCACGCAGUCUUUGCCCCUCAAUCAACUUCAUAACUUAUGUGAAGGUAACGGGGAGGAAACAACUUAGUAUUGCCAACCUUGUUUUUAGCUAUACUGACACAUUUCUAUAUCAGUCCUCAGCCGUGGAAUAAGCAAAUACCUUUAGCUCCUUCAACCUCGUCUACAUCAGCGUUUACACCAUUCUCAGGCGCCAACAUUGCAGCACCAUCCCUGGGUAAGUAUGACUACGAGUCCGGAUAUUUUCACUUUACCGCUGUGAUAUGGAUAAGACUACCCCAACAAUACAACCUUUUUUUGUAGAAGCAACGAACAGAAUGCGAAACGUAAUCGGAAUAUUUGCCCAUGUGGUUAAAUUUACCUUCAGCGUUUGCCCUAAACUUGACGUAGUACAGUCAGACUCGUACCCAGUCGCUAUUUAUGUAUUUUUGGGGUGACAGAUGGGUUAAGUUCAGGCGCGCGCGGGGUCUCAUAGGAAGAGACGAGGGCAAAAUAGCGACUGACAGAUUUCGUUCCAAAAUCUGCCAGUCGCUAUUUUUCCGUCGCCCCUUCCCAUGAGACCCCGAGCGCCCCUCAACUUAACCACCACUCUUCUGUCACCCCAAAAAUUCAUAAAUAGCGACUGGGUACGAGUCUGUAGUACAGUAUGAAUGCGCGCGAUGCCAAAUUUAUGCGUAGAUUCAAAGUAAAUAAAAUAAAUCAUAUGAUUCACCAGAGUGUUUAAAUGCAAAUUUUCCAAUUUGAUGUAUAGCUGUCACAGGUUCAAAUUCAUCGAACCACUGGCCAGGGAUGUGUGACCGGACGUUCAUGGACUGGCGGCCAUCAAGGUAAAAUUCUGAUGCUGUACCGUAACGUUUGCAAUAGUUUACCGAUAUGUCGAUAAAUGAAAUACUACAUGACUCUAACUGACGGCCUUCUCCUUCUCCUCCUCCUCCUCCUUCUUAUUUUAGUGCAAGGGGAUUUCGUAAUUCUUACAAUAGAGAGGAGAAGUGUGACGUCACGUUACCACGGUAGCAAAAUUUGUGGAUCACGACAAUAGGGAGUUUUUGCAACGGCGACGGCGAACAGCAAAAAAGCAAUAGCUUUAGUUUGGCAAAAGAAAAAAUUUUCACGAGCAUCACGCUUUUUUUGUACAUUUCUUAGCCUUUGUUGCACGACUGCGACAUGAAACUUCCGAAUUUCACUCGCCCGCCGGCGCCUUAUGGGGUUCGUGAACACAACACAAAAAUGUUCUUUUUCUUUUUCUAAACUUAGAUACGGUGCUUUCGGAUUCAACCCAGAAAAUUUCGCCAACACUUGACAAAUUAAAUGAAAUUAUAUAAGACCGAUGGAGUUUUCACUGAAACAGUGCAAGUCGACCUUUUAAGUGACGUUUUGGUUUGUUGUCAUCCAGAAAUUUUGCUACUAUGGCAACGUGACGUAACGACUUCUCCUCUCUAUUUUAAUAGUGUAUUCUUUGCCUCACUUAUCAACAGCUUUUGCUAAACUUUUCAGGCCACCACUUACUUGUUCUAAACUCUGAUCAAGUCCUAACUCUCAUAAUUGUUUCCUGUCCUUGACGUACAAUUCGGCUCGUGUCUUAGUCGAUCAUACACCAUACAUGAAGCACAGACACACCACUCCCCAGCCCGAUGUCCGGUCGCGUUAAAUUUUCUUCCUGUUCUUCUAAAACUGGUCUACCGACCUAAAGCCUUCAAUAAGCAGGCCACACAAGAAAACUAAAGAGCUUGAAAUUACCGAUUUCUCGUCCUGCUUCUUUGCAGUCAUGCUACAGCUAUUGGAAGCCAAUACUUCUCAGCACCUGUGGUUGCGCUGACACCAAUCCUUUGGAAUCCGGAAUUUCAGUACUGUGGGCUUCAUACAGCUGCGCAGAUUCUUAUGGACAUGGCUAGCAAAUGA